AGCAGAUCAUUCGGAUUGGUUCUGGACGCUAUCACAUCCCAGGGCUUUCAGACGGCCUACAUGAAGUUGCCUGCUGGCGACUCUGUUCCUCCCCGCAUCGCCAAUGAUCCCAAGCUUUUCCCCUUUUUCAAGGACUGUAUUGGAGCCAUCGAUGGGACCCACAUUCCUGUCUGUCCUCCUUCCCUUACCCGA